UUAAUAGCCUUUUGCCCUUUUUCUCUCUCAUUUUACUCAUCUUUUUUUUUUUGACAAAAACAAGAAAAUGGGGACAAGCCUUUUUGCUAUUUAUCAAGGGAAAAAAGGUUGAAUUUUUACAAUGCAGAAGGGAUAAAAACCAAUCAUUUUUGCUAAUUUUUCAAGAAGGGGUUUGUAUGCAAGUAUGAUUAAAAGCUUUGUGUAUCAUUGGAUUUAGCUGGUUUAGGCAUAACUUUUGUAUAUACAAAUGUCUGAUUUGGUUGCUCGAACGGGUAGGCAUCAACAGAGAUAUGAAGAAGGUUAUCGACUCAUUGCUGGGUGUAUUCCAUUUAGAUUCAGAGAUAUGGAACAAAAUGGUGGUGAUACAUCUGAAAAGAUAGUUGAAGUACUCAUGAUAAACUCAACGAGCGGGCCUGGUCUUCUGUUUCCGAAGGGAGGGUGGGAAAAUGAUGAAACAGUUAAAGAGGCAGCUGUUCGUGAAGCCAUAGAGGAGGCUGGAGUCCGUGGGGAUUUAGUGCAUUUUUUGGGUUAUUACCCCUUUAAAAGCAAAACACUUCAAGACGAGUUCAGCCCAGAAGGUCUGUGUAAAGCUGCCAUGUUCGCUUUGUUUGUGAAGGAAGAGCUCGACUGUUGGCCAGAACAGAGCCGCCGGAAAAGAAGUUGGCUGACAAUUCCCGAGGCGAUUGACUGUUGUCGACACCCAUGGAUGAGAAAGGCCCUUGAGGAAGGAUUCUUGAAGUGGCAUGAGGGUGGUAUGAGACUGAAGGAGAAUGAAUCAAAAAGAAAUGAAACAAGACAAUUAUCCUCCUCAUCAUCAUCAUUUUCCAUUGCUGGCUACAAUUUUAGUUAUACAAGUAGUGGACUAACCAAAUUAUAGUCAAGAUUAAGAGAUGAUGCUUUUUCUCUGUAAAUGUGGUUUCAUUAUUUAUUCUUCUCUUUUGGAUGAAGUAAUAAGUGUAGCACUUAUCUAGACCUUGCGUAAAUGCAAGUAGACCAAACCUGAUCUGACCUUUCGUCUUGAUUCAUAAUCAAGAAAGACAGGAUCUAAAGGCACGCAAUUCUUGAUCCUUUCAGAAUUCUACUUUUCACUUUGCCAUCUAGAGAUAGUUUCCCCUAAGUUAGGAUACGGAGUUGGAAGUGAAUGUCAGUACAUAUACCAGUUCAUCUUCGUCAAAGGCCAAGAUCUCCA